AGCAAAUAUGAAGAUUUCUAUCAUCUAUACUACUCUGUUUGCCGUGUUGGCCACAGCAAGCCCUCACUUUGGUGUGGCUUCGCUGGAUAACUGGAAGCCCGCUGGGCAUGGUGACUUCCGCGGCCCCUGCCCUAUGCUGAACACACUAUCCAACCACGGUUUUCUUCCUCACGAUGGCCGCAACCUUACCCGCGAAGUGGUAAUCAAGGGUCUGUCGGAGGGAUUGAACUUCAACGCUACGUUGGGAAACUUGAUGUUUGAUAUGGCGCUCGUUGCUAAUCCGGAGCCGAACGCUACUUACUUUACGCUGGACAACCUAAACCGGCACAACGUCCUCGAGCACGACGCCAGCAUGAGUCGCACCGACGCCUACCACGGCAACAACCACAUCUUCAACUCCACCAUCUUCGCCAAGACAAAAGCCUACUGGACGCAGCCCGUCCUCGAUGCGACAAUGCUCGCCAACGGCAAGUUGGCGCGGCAGAUCCAGUCGCGUGCGUCGAACCCGAACUACACGUUUACUUCUUCCAUGGAGGAGUUCAGUCUGGGCGAGGUUGCGGCGCCGGUUAUCGCGUUUGGGGAUAUUCAGCAUGGAAGGGUGAAUCGGUCGUUGGUGGAGUAUUUCUUUGAAAACGAACGUCUGCCCGCUGAGCUUGGCUGGUCGAAGCCCGAGGCGGUCAUUAGUCUGGCGGAUAUUUCCAGAGUGACGGACUUGAUUCGGAAUGCUACUAGCCUGAUUACGCCGACUACGUCGGGUUCCAGUUCGGGGUCGUCUAAGCGAGAUUUGCAUGGGGGGUUUAAGUGAGCGUGUAUAGUGUACUAUUGGGUUGAAUCCAUGUGCAGAAUAUAACAGCAACUGUCGUCAUUAUCUUUGUUCUUCUAUGCUCAUCUAUAUUCCUAUUCAUGUGACUAUUCAUCCAAGCAUCUAAUAAGCUUCAAUGCCGUCUGACCAGGAAGAAUCCUC